CAACCACCAACACCUAAAUACAAUCCCACGAGACAACGAAGUCGCCCUACCACCUUUGAAAGGAUCACCCCUAGAACCACACACCACACUUCGUCGAGAAUCAUGUCCGCCGCUUUCGCUGAGCUGUAAACGCCCACUGCGGGGGUGCCUGCGCUGGGCACCUCUGCAGUCCAGCAGCCCAUCGAGACAUUCAAUCCCUUCUCUUAUUUUCGACGAAGUUCAACCCAGACUUUUACUGUCCGGAGCCCUCCAACGGGACGGUUCUGGCCCAUUGACGGAAGUCUGUAUUUGAUUUCACCCGAAUCGACCAUCAAGCCCACUAUUCACCGGGCUACGAGAAGCCUAUCCGCUCGAAGAAAAUAUCUUCACAUCCACCUAUUUCGACCUCUACGACCCCUGCCACGCCCACUCCAGCCACCUCUCUCUCUCUUUCGCUCUCUCUUCUUAUUUUUUUAUUCGAUCCGCCUACCUACGGGAAUCCAUACACGCCGCAUACCAUACGAGAAGGCGCAACAAAGAAAACUUCAACAUACAGUAUUGCUAUCACGUCAACUCUGUUCCAUUAAACGACUACCCCUCCAAAUACGACAAACGAUAUUGGGUUCUCACCCCCUGCAUUACCACUACCAUGUCUCGCAACGUUCGCAACAAGUCUUCCGUGGCUUCUCGCAAGGUUGCGAAGCGCCGCGACUCCAUAACGUCCUCCUCAUCCUUCGAUUUGUCCGAUGACGGGGGUUACUCUGCGGUCGAGGAUAUAAGCGAUUCUUCCGACGAUGACGAGGAGGAUGUCGAUGCGGCCGAGGAGGAGCAUAUCCUACACGAGGUGCUGCCACCCCCCAGCAUCCCGAGCCCCCCUCGGCCGCCCAUUGCCCAGGAAGAGGACGAUGACGAUGAUGACGAAGACGAGCAGGAGCAAGACGAAGACGAAGAGGACGGUGCUGCCGACGUUGAGGACAGCGCCAGCUGGGACGGCAUCAUGUCCGAGAUUGACGAAAGUGCGGCUUCUGACCACCAUCACCGGUCUGUCGAACGCCACGUUCGCUUUGAUGUCCCCUCGAGUGAUUCCGACUCUACCGACACCGAGGACGACCAUGCCGACUUCUUUCCUGAUAUCUUCGUCGACCAGAGCUCCCUUGACCCGGCCUUCCGCCGGGAGAUUGAGAAUGAUGAUGAAAAUGACGAGUCUGAGAACUCAAACUCCUUCUGGGACUAUCAUGGCGACUACCAUGGAGCCUAUGGAAACACUCAUGAUGCUGAAUCGGAUGUCGAGGCUGUUGUUCAAGAGCUCGGCGACGACGACACACCCAUCGCUACCCCUAUGACAACCGGCGAAGUCUCUGAGAUGCCCACUCCGGUCGCAGCUUUUGAGGAAACCCAAGAGCUAGACGGCUAUGAGACUGACGGUGACACCACUGAGGAAGACGAGCCUGAACCCGUUGUCCGCCGCAAGAUCAAGCGUCCUGAGCCGCCCACUGAGCAGUGGGAUGAUUCUGACACCGAUCUCCCGGUCAAGGGCCAGCGCGGACAGCCGCGUGUUGGCCGCUUUAACCUCGACAACUCUGAGCGAAAGCCCAUUGCUGUUGUUAACCCCAUCUCCCGCAAGAUGAUGAUCUUCACUCCCCACCGUCGUCGCCAACUUGAUUUGUCUCCUGAGCAGUUCAACUUCCAGUACCUGCCUCCCAUUGAUGAGAACCAAAACUCCCCCAUGCUCAGCAGUUCUGCUCAGAUCAUGAUGAGCGCCAUGUUCUCGUCCAACACGUUUGGUGACUACCUCAACACCCAAGCCAUGGGUCCCGCCGAGGCCUUCUUUCCCUUCCCUUCCGAACCCAACACUGCCGACGAGAGUUCAGAUGUGGGCUUUGACGAGGAGGAGGAAGACGACGAGGUGGAGAAAAGCCUCAACAUCAGCGACUUUAUCGAGUUCGACGACAACCAUUCCUCUGGCGAUGAAGAGGAGAAUCAGUGGGACGCCGACCCAUUGGGCUCUACCCCUGCCCGGCCACGUACCGCCUCGAGCGAUGUGGACCUGCAUUCGCACAUCAACGCCAACAACGUUGGGGCUUUCCGUCGCGACCAGAUCAACCAGCGACUCAUCCUGAGCGACAAAGCCACACAAGACUCCCUCGCCCUCAGCAGCCCCUAUAACUACACUGCUCUGCGCGGUCUCAAGUCGGACCGCUUUGAGACAGCGGCCGUCCCCUUGACGCCACUCCGGCGAUCCAAAAAGCAGAUGCGCGACCUCGCCCGGAGCCCACUCGAGUCCAUGUCCCAGAAACGCAAAGCAUCUAGCGAGAUACCCAUUGGCCACAAGCGCCAACGCAGCAUCCCGGACGUCAACGUGUUGCACCUGUAGUGCAGCAACGCAGCAUCGGGCCUGCCCGACAUGCCUGACACAAAACGAUUGAGGAUGGCGUGGCAUGCUGCUCCCGAAGCAAAGGGCACUUGCCAUCCCUGGCCUCAUACACUUGACUCUUACUGACCUUCAUGUUUUCUUAUGUUACACAUUAUUACACUGGCCCGUCAAACCGACGGGAAUAACGGUAGACAAAAGCACAAAAGUUACAGAUACUUGGCCAAGGCCAGUGUCAGGAGAAAGCCCGGCGAAUGGCGUCGGUCCCACAGUAGCCGAUGUAUCUUGGGCUACGGAAGGUAUUCCCCUCCGGUUCUAAGACGGUCUGGCUUGAUGUGUUUGACGAUCCUGUUUCCUAGUUUCGCAUCAAUGAAAACCAUGAUAUUCAAUGACGUUUGUUGCCAAUUGCCUGGUUGAUAGUGUUGCUUGUCUCACAAAUGAAGGUUAACAUCGAAACGACUUGCAUUGCAAUGCUUUCGACC